AUGUCUCAGAGGCUACAAUCUUUGAACAAAGACGAGCUAAUACGGAAGGUUCUCGAGUCAGAAGCUAUACUAAAUGAGUUCCAAGAGUCUAGUAAAGAUCUAGAGAAGGCGUUGGAGGAUGAAUUACAAGAAUUGGAAACAGCAAACUUGAAUCUUGAAAAUCAAGUUAUCAACUUAAAGGAUCAGAUACUUGCAUCAAGGCAACAGAAUUUAGACCAGGGUAAGGAGUUGGAUGUGUUGCAGGAUCUUCUACUAAGAAAAGAUCAAGAAAUCACCAGUUUACAACAGAAAGUAGUCAAAAUUGAAAUUGCAAAUGCUUCAAUGGAAAGUCAAGAUCGGAUUAUGCUCAAUAAAUACGAAGUACAACGGGCUUUCAAUAACGAGCUAUUGGAGAAGUUGGCAUUGCUAGAAGAUGAGUUGGACAGGGUUAAGAAACAAAACACCGAGAAACAAUUGCAUAUUACCAAUUAUAAACUUCAAGUCAAUGAUUUACAAGAGAAGAUUAGGCAACUAGAAACAGAACAAAACAAAGAUACUGAUUCACUGUUUGUUAGUUUGAUGGAUGUGUUGAAGAGUACGCCUCCGCCCAAAGCACUUCGAGAUGUCACCAAUACGUCACAAAGUAAAAUGAAGAAAUCGGAUUCACUACAAAAACUAAAGAACUUGACGAGAGAUAUUGACAUUUUCUUAGGAAAAAACAAUCGAUUAGAUGAUACUUCAGUUGAGAAUUUGAAAAGAAUGUCUAUAUUAAAGGCGCCAUCACUGACUAAAUUAACAAUUCUGGAUGAAUCAGCAUACACAGACACUGACAAGAAAACCAAACGGCUCUCAUAUAGUAAACGCUAUUCUCAACUACCUUCAAUUACCGGAAGUCCACGAGUUUCAGAAAAGCAAUAUUGA